CACAUUCAUGUGGGUAACAGGCCGAAUACACCAAGCAAUGGUAACAUCUUUAAAUGAAGAUAAUGAAAGUGUAACGGUUGAGUGGAUAGAAAAUGGAGAUACAAAAGGCAAAGAGAUUGACCUGGAAAGCAUCUUUUCACUUAACCCUGACCUUGUACCUGAUGAAGACAUUGAACCCAGUCCAGAAAUACCUCCACCCUCAUCAUCCUCAAAAGUAAACAAAAUUGUAAAGAACCGACGGACUGUGGCAUCUAUUAAGAAUGACCCUCCCCCAAGAGAUAAUAGAGUGGUUGGUUCAGCGCGUGCACGGCCUAGUCAACUUCCUGAGCAGUCAUCUUCUACACAACAGAAUGGUAGCGUUUCAGAUAUAUCUCCAGUUCAAGCUGCAAAAAAGGAGUUUGGACCUCCUUCACGUAGAAAAUCUAAUUGUGUGAAAGAAGUAGAAAAAUUGCAAGAAAAAAGAGAAAAAAGGAGAUUGCAACAGCAAGAACUUAGAGAAAAAAGAGCCCAGGAUGUUGAUGCUACAAAUCCAAAUUAUGAAAUUAUGUGUAUGAUCAGAGACUUCAGAGGGAGCUUGGAUUACAGACCCCUAACAACAGCCGAUCCUAUUGAUGAACAUAGGAUAUGUGUUUGUGUAAGAAAACGACCACUCAAUAAAAAAGAAACUCAAAUGAAAGAUCUUGAUGUAAUCACAAUCCCUAGUAAAGAUGUUGUGAUGGUACAUGAACCCAAACAGAAAGUAGACUUAACAAGGUACUUAGAAAAUCAGACAUUUCGGUUUGAUUACGCCUUUGAUGACUCAGCUCCUAAUGAAAUGGUUUACAGGUUUACUGCUAGACCUCUAGUGGAAACAAUAUUUGAAAGGGGCAUGGCUACAUGCUUUGCUUAUGGGCAGACUGGAAGUGGAAAAACUCAUACUAUGGGUGGUGACUUUUCAGGAAAGAACCAGGAUUGUUCUAAGGGAAUUUAUGCAUUAGCAGCUCGAGAUGUCUUUUUAAUGCUGAAGAAGCCAAACUAUAAGAAACUAGAACUUCAAGUAUAUGCAACAUUUUUUGAAAUUUAUAGUGGAAAGGUGUUUGACUUAUUAAAUAGGAAAACAAAAUUAAGAGUACUAGAAGAUGGGAAGCAGCAGGUGCAAGUGGUAGGACUGCAGGAACGGGAGGUCAGGUGUGUGGAGGACGUGCUGAAGCUCAUCGACAUAGGCAACAGCUGCAGAACAUCUGGUCAGACAUCUGCAAAUGCACAUUCAUCUCGGAGUCAUGCAGUGUUUCAGAUCAUUCUUAGAAGGAAGGGGAAACUACAUGGUAAAUUCUCUCUCAUUGACUUGGCUGGGAAUGAAAGAGGAGCUGACACAUCCAGUGCAGACAGGCAAACCAGGCUUGAAGGUGCUGAAAUUAAUAAAAGCCUUUUAGCACUCAAGGAGUGCAUCAGAGCCUUAGGUAGAAAUAAACCCCAUACUCCUUUCCGAGCAAGUAAACUCACUCAGGUGUUGAGAGAUUCCUUCAUAGGUGAAAAUUCUCGUACUUGCAUGAUUGCCACAAUCUCUCCAGGGAUGGCAUCCUGUGAGAAUACUCUUAAUACGUUAAGAUAUGCAAAUAGGGUGAAAGAAUUAACUGUAGAUCCAGCUGCUGCUGGUGAUGUCCGUCCAAUAAUGCACCAUCCACCAAGCCAGAUUGAUGACUUAGAGACCCAGUGGGGUGUGGGGAGUUCCCCUCAGAGAGAUGAUCUAAAACUUCUUUGUGAACAAAAUGAAGAAGAAGUUUCUCCACAAUUGUUUACUUUCCACGAAGCUGUCUCCCAGAUGGUAGAGAUGGAAGAACAGGUUGUGGAAGAUCAUAGGGCAGUGUUCCAGGAAUCCAUUCGCUGGAUAGAAGAUGAAAAGGCUCUUCUAGAGAUGACUGAAGAAGUAGACUAUGAUGUAGACUCGUAUGCUACACAACUUGAAGCUAUUCUUGAGCAAAAAAUAGAUAUUCUAACUGAGUUACGAGAUAAAGUGAAGUCUUUUCGUGCAGCGCUACAAGAAGAAGAACAAGCCAGCAAGCAAAUUAACCCCAAGAGACCCCGAGCCCUCUAAGUUGGUAUUUGCUACUAAAGGAUCCCCAGAAUCCCCAAUACUGUAACAAUGGUGGUCCAACUGUAAAGGCCACUUGAACAUUUUUGAAAUCUUAAGUGUGUGGAAAAUAUCUUGUCCUUCAUCUGAAUGACAUUUCAAUUUUGUGAAACACUCCUUUGUCUACAAAAUGCUUCUAGUCCAAGAGGCACAACUAACAAUUCGGAUUAGUGAAGUAUUUUGUUUCAUUUACCCAAAUAGUGAUUGCUUUUGGAUAUCCUUGCCAAUUUUAUGUAAAGAUUUUGGAAGUAAUCCAGAAGUGGAAAAUAGGGGAAGCCACAGAAUUUCCUUUAACUCAGAUCAGUUUUCGUAGCAAGACUGAGCAAUUUUGAAUAUGUUGCGUGCAUGCAUACCUCAUCAGUGAUUGUCCAUACUUUGCCUACUCCUAGAGACAGUUGUGCUUACUCAUCCUUCUGUGCCUUGACUAAUAAGGCUAUUGACCCUAGAUUUCUGAAACACAGCCAAGAUAAAUGACAUUCCUUAUUUGUAACUGUAAAUUACCUUUAUUGUGUGUACAUUUUUACUGUAUUUGACUUUUUUUGUGUGUGUGACUAGUUAAUUUUGCAGGAUGUGCCAUAUCAAUUGAACGGAACUAAAGUCUGUGACAGUGGACAUAGCUGCUGGACCAUUCCAUCUUAUAUGUAAAGAAAUCUGGAAUUAUGAUUUUAAUACCAUGACAUGUGAUUAUAAUUUUCUUAGCAUUUUCUUUGUAAAAAACUAAAAUAUAAACUAGUUGGUGUAUAAUAAAAAGUAAAGAAAUUCUGAGAGGAGUUUUAUCUUAGGAUAAUACAUAUAUAUAUGCAGUGUGUGUGUGCCAGUGGUAUUAACAAGACUAAUAGUGUAAUUUGAUCCUUAACAAUGCCGUUAUUUAAGUUGAAGUGUUUAUUAGCUCACCAAAGUUUAACGUACUGUUAAAGGAAACUGGCUUCUGAUGCAUGAACAUUUGUAUGUACACUGAAAGUAGUCCAUAAUAUGUUAGAUAAACCAAGCAUAGACAGUAUGUAACCCCUGAGAAGUGUUGAUGACUUAUGAGGCAGGUCAUAUCAAGCUCCAGCUCCAUCUAAUACCUAGUAUGUGAUGGCUUGUUAUUUGGUGAGAAUCAUAUUUCACCUAUAUAGGCUACUCUUUAAAUGGCAGCACUCAUUUUUAUAGCUGCUAAUCUAAGAAAGAAAACUGGCCAAUUUUCAUGUAAAUAUUGUUUAAAGAUAUAUAUAUAUAUAUGUGUGUGUGUGUAUAUAUCUCUAGGAGUUUUCCCUUGGAUCCCACUAUAUUGUCUAGUAGGUUAACCAAAGACCUUCCCAUGGAUCUCUUGGUUAACUCUAGGGAACCUACUGAUUUACUCAGUAACCACGGGGAAAUCUAUGAAUAGAGUCAGCAAGCCAGAUUCUUCACUUCACUAGUCAUAAAUGAGAGGGUAGCUGAGAGGAAUCCUACACCAUGGUGAAAAACUCUGUAAACAUGAAAUCUAAAUCAAAUGUAGAUUUUUUUCACAAUAUGCUUAUUAAUAAAUGAAAUUUAUGAAACAAAUUUAGAAAUAAUGUACUUCAAUAUAAUCACCUUUGUUUUGGAAGAACUCAGGUUUUCUUGCAGUUUUUUAUGAUAUAUUCUUUGUAUUUGUUUCAAAGACAAGAGGAAGAACGAAGGAUUAUUUCUAUUGACCUUGCAGAAGUUGUUUAAGAAGGUAAUUUUUGCUGGGUAUAGUGGUACAUGCCUAUUUUCAAAGCAGGGGCAGGUAGAUUUCUGAGUUUCAGGCCAGCCUGAUAGACAUACUAAGUUCUAGGACAGCCAGAGCUAUGUACAAAGACCUUGUCUUCAGUUUUGAGGAUGGUUCAUAUGUAAUGGGCACAAUAAGGACACAAACUUGCGCAUAACUUGCCUAACACUUAUGGCAUUGGACAGGUAUUAUCUUUGAAGGUCCUUAUAAAUAUAUGUUGCCUUUGGCUUCGUCCUGAUCUGUAGUCAGAGUAUAUCAAUAAACACUGGGAGGUAAAAUAUGAUUGAGCUUUACAGAGGAAAAGAUUUAGUUAGGAGAAAAGCUGAGAGAGCCUAGUCAAGCAGACUUGUUCCCUAAUGUAGAGACAGUACAAGUGAACUCUGUGAAACUGUUCUCUGAUAAUAAACAAACUCUAAAAACAGUUACUGUUAAUGUGACAAAAGUUGCUUCAGCAGCUAAGGAAAUUUUUUUGUUCUAGAUUAAAUAUUCUUUAGAAAUUUCUCAAACAUAAAAGCUGCUAACUAUUCAUAGCUAACAUCAUAACAGUGUUUAUAAUUAUAUGACUUUGAAGCUGGAUUUUGGAGGAAAAACUUGGCAAACAAUUUAUAUUCUUAAGUUUACUUAAUUGGAAAUAUUUCUUUUAGGUUUUAGGUAUAAAGAGAGCCAAAUAUCCAAUGAAGCUAGUUUAAUUUCCUUAUAUAAAUAAAACUAAUUUAUUAAAAUAUAUAAACAGCAUUUAUCUUCUAUCUGACAAUAUUCAGGUAGUAGAAUUUUAAUUAUCUUGAAGUCAGGAAUAACCAGGAGCCUGUAGUUGUAGUCUGUUCUUUAAAGAGCUAAAACUGAAACUGGAAAACUUCUUUGCAGUACACAAGUGCAAUCCCAGAAUUAAUUUAGGGGCUGAGGCAAGAUUCUGAGAUUAAAGCCAACCUCAAAAAGACCCUCUCAUUCAAGAAAGGGAAUAAAUCAUAAAUUAAUAACCUGCUUGAUUGACAAAACCCUCCAGAAUUUUUCUAAAUCUGAAAAUUGUAGAUCUUGUCUCCCUUAAGAAAAUACAUGAUUUAACAUGAGUUAGUUUUUUUCAGGCUUCUGCUUUCACAGGUAGAGUCAUAUGCAGAACAUGCCUGUACUGUGUCACUGCAUCAGACUCUAGCUCCUAGAAUUAUAAUGUUGUUUGUGUUGCAACAGGCAAACAUUAACACAUAGGAACUAUAUAUAUAUAUAGGAUGAAGGUGUGUGAAGAAAAGUCACAUUAAGUUCCUUACAGUAUAUGUGAAUGAAGAGUAGUAUGGGGACUUUAUGACUAGUUGAGUGAGCUGCAGGCCUAAGUGAGCGUCACAGUCUAAAACACAGUGAAUCAAAGUACCAUCUUCAUCAAAUACAAUGUUAGAAAGCAUAAGUGUAUGGUUGUGCGAGUCUGCGGCUUUCAAACUUGGAAGGCCAUUCUAUUUAUAUUGAACCCUGCCCUUUGCAGUAUAUUUAAAACACAUCAACCACCUUUCACAUACAGGAUAAUAAAUGGUAUAAAAGUAUUAUUAAAUAAUUUAAGAAGUAAAUGAUGUCCUGUAGAACAAAAUUAGUGGUAUUCUCAAAUAUUAGGAUUAUAUACUUUCAUUUUUUUUCUUGGUCUUGAGAAAAUUGUUUUCAAGUGGCUAGGAGAAGUGGAUACCUUCUGCAUUGAAUCCAUGUAGCAACCUGAGGGAGAGGAGACCAAAAAGGAUGAUGUUAACCACAAACCCAACUUCUGAAACAAAGUGUACCUAUACCAUUAAUCCUCAGACAUACACCCAUCAACAUACUUAAGGCUCCUACUCCAAGCACUAGUCAUUAAGGAAACUUAAGUACACCUUAAUAAAAACCAUGGCAUGCUUGUCUUUUGUUGUAAUUUACUGUUUGAAAUUAAAUUGGUACUGACUGAAAUUACCUUAAAGACUUGCUAUUCUUGGCCUAAGCUCAACGGCACUUUUCGAUUUCAGCAUGAGUAGCUGAAAAAGAAACUAGCUGGAAUCUGAGACAAAGUGAGAUGAGUAAUCUCUGCUUAUUCUCUGGACUGUUACUGAAGUUUACUAAAAUAUACAGUACUUCUCUUUGAGGAUACUAUGUGCUUAUCUGACUUUUAUUAGAAAAUGGCAUGCAGAGGAAGUUAAGAAUGAAGUUUUUAAAUUAAUGUAUCUGUACCUGAGGUUAUUUUUUAGGAUGGCCUAUAGGAAGAGGCCCGUGUGGACUAAAAUGUCUGGAAAAGCAAAGUGUAGGUGCUUAGGAUUAGCAUCCAGUGAAGACUCAGUACUCCUGCUGGCUAGCCAGUAACACAGUAACAAUUGUUCUAGACUGUCCUACUGAAAGAGCAAAUUAAUGACUUACAGCACUCCAUCCUCAUUUUUAAAAUUCAGUCUCUAGAACACUAAUGCUUUAAAACUGGGUAAAAUUGAGGAGACAUCCUAGAAGAGUACCUGUCAAGCUGUGCAAGGCCAAUGCAGUCUCUAGCAGUGUAGGAAAACAGUUAACAAAAUGUCCAGUAACUUCUGAAAGUUAGUGUCAGUAAUCAGUACAAUUGGGUAAUAAACUGAAACUUGCUUAAUAGAAAGUAAAACAAAAUUUAGUCCACAUCGCCGAAAUCUGUGGUACCCUUUAACUUUACAGGUGUAAAAUUUGCCUCAGGCCACAUAACUGCUAUUAAAUGGAUAAUCAGAUGAUGUUGUUCUAACUGGAAUUUCAUGCUUCUCUGUUUAAUAAGUAAGGAAAUAAUGGGUCAUCAACUCCAGUUGUGUGUGUUACAAUGCUUUUUCUAAUGUGAAGAGGUGAGCAGAAGCUGUUAAGAUCAUGAAUGAGUUUGGAGCAGGAGGAAAGAAAAACACAGCACACAUAAACCCAGGCUAUGUUCUGGCGCAGACUGUUCUUUACUACUGUUUGUAACCCAUUCAUUCUGCCACAGCUAACUAGCUGCCAUCCUUUACCCCAGUGGUUCUCAACCUGUGAGGCAUGACCCCCUUGGGGUCAAAUGACCCUUUCACAGGGAUUGCCAAAGACCAUUGAAAACAACAGGUUAUUUACGUUACAAUUCAUAACACUAGCAAAACUACAGUUAUGAAGUAGGAAUGAAAAUACAUGAUGGGGGUCACUACAACAUGAGGAACUGUACUAAGGAGUUGCAGCACUUAGGAAGGUUGAGAACCACUGCUUUACACCAAAUAACUGUUUUCCACUCCAUGAAAGUGCUAUGCAAUAACUCACCCAGGUAGCACCUUACGCUGCUUAAAAGCCUUUAAAUCUCUGUCUGAAGAUACCACAGUAAAGAAAUGUAAGCAUUUAAAACAACAGAUGUAAUUACCUGAUAAAGUCAUCUAUGUCCAUGGAACGGGCCCGUUUGUCACUAAAACCUGUGCUGGUUAGGAUUCGCUGUAUUUUAUCUGCUAUACUGAAAUCUUCUGGUAUUACCUAUCAAUAUAAGAUCCAGAAUAAAUGAUCAACAUAUCUUUAA